AUGGGCUUUAUUUCUCGAAUUGCUACAGCCGUGACCCUCCUCGUAGGCCAUGGUCUUACAGCUCCGGUCUCAGCCAGCGCCAAGUACUGCGAUGAGUCCACCGGUGUCUGCUAUUCUGAAAUCUCGAUCGGAGUAGCCCCUAUCGUCUGGCGAAUUGCUAUCCCAGAAGUGACAGAGGGUCCUUUCGAUAUCCUUCUCCAAAUUGUUGCGCCGAAGUCAGUCGGAUGGGCUGGUAUCGCCUGGGGAGGCGGCAUGCUGUAUAAUCCCAUCUCGCUAGGCUGGGCAAAUGGAAACAGCACCGUCCCAGCAGCUCGAUUCGCGACGGCCCAUGUCCAACCAGAGAUAUACGAGUCGGCAAAUCAUACUACACUUCAGGGGUCAACGGCGAAUGCAACCCACUGGACCCUGACUACUCUCUGCCAGGGAUGUAGUACGUGGAUUCAUAACGGAGGUGCGAAAGAGACUUUAGAUCCCGGCGCGACGGCUGCAAGCUUCGCGUUCGCCGCGUCCGCAACGCCUCCGAUUGACCCCACCGAUCCGUCAUCCCCUAUUGGCAUCCACUCCGAGCACGGAAUUUUCACAUUAGACUUGGCGGCUGCUAAAUCAGCGCAAUUCAACUCUUGGGUUGAAAAAUUGGGGGUAAAGCGCUAA